AUGCUCGCUCAGAACCUGGCUCCGAUUCCAUCACCAGCUAAAGAACAUGAGGAGUACUACGGUAUUGUGGAAGACCUCUGCCAGCAGAUGUAUAUUAUGCUCGUCCGAAGACUGAGUCUCUGUUGCAAGAUCUUCAAGAUCUUCUUAGCCUGCAAGUUUCCUGAACAAGAGCCUAUCGAGAGGUCCGAGGGGGUUGGGAAACUUUUCGAAGAGGUGCUCUCUCAACUGGAGGCCCUUCUUGCGGCUCAGAAUAAUGCAGGCGUUGUUCUUCCGAUGACCUUGGAGAUCAUCCAAGCACAACGUCUCAAUAUUCGCUUGGAAUUGCUCCCAACCAGCAUCUCCAGAGUACCCCAACUUCCCAAGUAA